AUGCCACCGAAAACUACGAUGGACUACGACGCUACAAGAAGACAAACUGAGUCUACAUAUCCGUACACCGCAUCGAACAAUGUUUGCUCCGCAGCCGACAAUCAGUACAACGGGCCUGUCAAGAUGAAAAUAAACGAGGGAACAAUUAUCAACCACAUCCGACCGGUGACAAACAAGACUUCGUACCACAUUACAAUUGUUCCCAAUGGACAAUUUUCCACUGGCACAUCAAGCCCUUCCAACAAGCGCGGUACGGGAAAUCCGGUUGAGGAGGAUAUUUCCCGUGGUUCAUCCAAGACAACACCCACUUCCGACGGUCGGCGGAUCUCGCUACCCAACAGCGUUGACCCAGCCAAACAUGCACGUCUCCCGUAUUGGGUUGCUUGUCUUCGCAUUAGGUGGAUAAGUGCAAUCAUUCGUCAUUCAAGCCUGCGGGCUUACGGCCUUAUCUGUGGAUUUCUGAUGUGGUGA